AAAAAUCUUCAGAAUCGCUCAUGAAACGAUCAGCAAGGUGCUGCUUUUCAAGCACCUGGACCUGGACCUCCUCCUCCACCACAAGAUCUAUUUCUGCGAUUUGAUUCACCACACCGUUCUGUACAAGAUGCCGCGUCUGCGCGUGUUGCGCAUUGAGCUUUUCGCCUGCAAAUUGGACGAUGUGCUAAACCUGAGUUAUUGCUGCCGCUCUUCUCUCGUGUUCGUCAGCGUCAACCUCGACCUGGACGACUCUGUGCAACUUCCAAAUGCGUUGGAGUUGCAGGAAAAACUGGCCAAUUUGCGGAUUUUCCUCUUCCACUCGGAAUCGAAGGCAUUAGUCGAGCUGCUGAGUAUGCACUGCGCCAGAAACCUGCCCAAGUUGCAGGUCGUCAAGGAAUUCGCCAGCCAUUUCUGCAAUGGCGAGGGUUUGCCCCUUCCCGAUCCUGAAGAAAGAUCACCUGCUCCUUCGAACCUUCUCCAUUUAACAAUUGAUUUGGACACUAUUCUUUUUGAGGCAGAGGAAAUUCAUCUCAGGUUUCCCCACGUCACCCAUUUAAAGAUGUUUCAAAACGACGAAUUUUUCCCUGAAGAUGUGGACUUAUUGAAAACAAUAGACUGUCUGCUCAACUUUUCCAUGGUUGAGCACCUGGACCUCCGCUUGUCCAGGCCGUCGACCUUCAACCAAAUCUUGGAGAAGCUCUUUGGAAGGUACAAAUACAGGCUCAAGACCCUGAGCGUCGUGAGCGUCUCUCCGACGAUCAAGACCUGCAGCAUCAGCCACAUUUUCCAGCAGUGUCCGCAUCUGGAAAAGCUCAAUUUUGUGUCUUACGAAAUGGAAGUUGAUUGGCUCCAACCACCGAUUAAUCACCUGACAGAACUGGAGCUGCUGGUGACUGACAUUUCAAAGGCCAGGAGCGAUUUGCUGUCGUUCGUCCUGCGUCCGCCCACUUUGGAGAGGGUCAAGUUGAUUGGCCAAACUGAAAACGUUCAAGACGUGGAAAAUGUGGUCCGCAGCAUCCGCAACGUCGACGGAAUCCUGCGCAACCUGAAGUCGCUGGUCAUCGACAUGGACUGCGCCUCGAUCGGACAGGUCAAGAAAGAAAACUUUAAGUCGUACGUCGAGCUGAUCUACUGCGCCGAGAAAUGGCUCAAAGAUGCGAAUCUCGAGAAUAUCCAGUUUUUUAUGAACAAGCUGGACGAGUACUCCACCCUGGUCAGGUGCCACACUGGAUCUUGUAACGGUCGGAAAAUUCGCUCUGCAAAUUUUUUCUUCGACGCGGAUCGAGAUCGGCUUAAUUGGUUCAUCGACACUGACCUCAUUCUCAUCCUCGACCGGUUCUUAAUUGAUUAAAAAAUUACACCUGUAGCAUUGAAAUGACCA